AUGGGCACAGCUGCUGAAGCACCAUCUUCAACCAUGCAAUACGUUCGUUUUGGAAAAACCGGCUUGCGAGUGUCGCGUAUUUGCCUUGGAUGCAUGUCGUAUGGUUCCCCAGCCUGGAAUUCUUGGUCCUUGGAUGAAGAUGAAUCCUUAGACAUGAUUAAAAAGGCGUAUGAUGCUGGUAUCAACUUUUUCGAUACAGCGGAUAUGUACUCGAAUGGCGUGAGUGAAAAGAUUCUUGGCCACGCUAUUCGUAAAUUUGCCUUUCCAAGAGAUCGCAUCGUCGUUGCAACCAAGGUAUUUUUCCCUGUGAUGCCUGAAGUAGGUAUGGGUUUUCCUGCUAUGCCAGAACGUAUGGAUCGUGGUGAUUUGGUCAAUACUUUUGGACUUUCGCGCAAGCACAUUUUUGAUGCAGUGGAGGCUUCGUUGGAGCGAUUGCAAUUGGAUUACAUCGAUCUUUAUCAGAUCCAUCGCUUUGAUCAAAAUACCCCUAUUGAAGAAACGAUGGAAGCGCUCCAUGAUUUGGUGAAAAUGGGCAAGGUGCGCUACAUUGGUGCAAGUUCGAUGCAUGCUUGGGAGUUUCAAAAAGCCAACAACAUUGCAGCAAAGCGAGGAUGGACCCAAUUUUCAUGCAUGCAAAAUCUUUACAACUUGCUGUAUCGUGAAGAGGAACGAGAGAUGAUCCCUUAUUGUAUCGAUCAAGGUAUUGCCCAAAUCCCUUGGUCACCCUUGUCGAUGGGCAAGUUGACGGGCAAAAAGCGAGACACUACUAGAAGCGAGAAGAGCUCUGCAUUUCACAAACGCAUGUUUGGUGAUCGAUAUGAUGAAAUGGAAGACACCAUUAUUGAUAAUGUGAUUGCCCUGGCAGAAAAGAAGCAGGUGCCUCCCGCACAGAUUGCACUUGCCUGGGUUUUGUCAAAGUCCCAUGUGACAGCACCCAUUGUUGGUAUUAGGAAAGAGGAGCAUUUGAAAGACACCAUUGCAGCAUUGAAUGUGAAGUUGACUGAGGAAGAGAUCAAGCAAUUGGAAGCACCGUAUGUUCCCCGGCCAUUGAUCCCCAUGUAG